CUCUUUCAGUAGCACUUCCUCAAUCUGGUGGGCGCAGGAAACGACAGGCUAACACUGAUGUAUUCAGAGUAAGAUCCCUGAGGCCUUGCAGAGGGUUCCCAGUACAUCCAGACUAACAGAGCUAGAAGGGUGGGGCCCUGUUUGCUCCCAGUCCACUAGAAGAGAGAAAGGGCUGGUCCUUUCUGGGGCUCACCUGGACACCAAGGAGCUGAAACGAUGUCUCUUCCCCGUCAGCUGCGAGACAAGAGUGACUUUGACCAGCUUCCAAAUGAGGUGCCUGUCUCCGCUAACAUUGCAGAUGCCCAAGAGAAGAGCGGCUUCACCAGUUACUAUGUGUUUGUCAUUGAGGUGAAGACAAAAGGAGGUGGCAGAUACUUGAUCUUCCGCCGCUACCGCCAGUUCUAUGCCCUGCAUAGCAAGCUAGAGGAGAGAUAUGGAGCAGAGAACAAAAGCAACACCUUUGCCUUCACCCUCCCCGUGUUGCCAGGAAAGGUUUAUGUUGGCGCGAAAAAGGAGAUUGCAGAGAACCGGAUCCCUAUCCUCAAUAUUUACAUGAAGAAGCUGCUCUGCCUGCCCAGCUGGGUGCUGAUGGAUGAACACCUACGACUGUUUUUCUACCAGUCGGAGUUUGACUGCGAGCAGGUGCCACAGGGGCUGCGGCGGCUUCGCCCACGCACUCGCCGAGUCAAAAGCAUUGUGCCCCAAGCGCCUGGUUUUGACCGCAUGGCAGCUCCGCGGGCUGAGGCACUGUUUGACUUUUUUGGAACCAGUACACUGGAGUUGAACUUCAAGAAGGGAGACUUGAUCUAUCUACUCAGCAGGAUCAACAAAGAUUGGCUAGAGGGAGCCAUCCAUGAUGCCACUGGAAUCUUCCCAUGUGCUUUUGUGAAGAUCAUUCAAGACUUACCCCCGGAGGAGGGCACUAUCAAUUGGCUGCGCUGCUAUUACCAGGAUGACACUGUCAGCAGCAUCAGGGACAUAUCUGUGGAAGAGGACCUGAGCAGCACUCCAUUGUUCAAGGACCUCAUGGCAUUAAUGAGGAAAGAGUUUGACCGUGAUGACAUUGUUCUGAAUUACCGGGACUCUGAGGAUGACCUGAUCCGUCUGGUCUCUGACCAGGAUGUCGAACUCAUGGUGUCUCAGAGCAGGAGACGGCCCUCUGAGAAGCAUUUUUUCCCUUGGAAGUUGCACAUCACCCACCAAGAUGAUCUCAGUGUCUACAACACCAGCCCAGGAGGAGGCACGAGUCAGACACUAGCAAUGAAGGGAUGGUGACUGCCACAGGGAGCUGUUUCAACAGGUGGCUGCACCCCUCCAUCCACUGUACCGACUGUUUUUUUUAACUAGGCUUGAGACAGGCAACAAUCACCGCAGGUUAGAUACUGGUGCCCCGGGGACAUGGAACAACCAGAACAAGUGGAUCUACCGCCGCCUGAGAGCAGAAGUGCUGAGGUGUCAGGGGAGCCCUGCAAGCCCAGGCACCUCAAAGACUAAGUGGACAUUGUUAGUAAAUGUAGUUAGUAGCUGGCUGUAAAUAAUUGUAAUUGUGUGUCCGUGUUGGGUUUGAAGUGUUGUUUUGGCUGGGAAGAGAAGAUGUGCUAUUGUGGAUUAUGCCUUUAAGGGCUGAGCACCCCAGCAUGAAAUCUGGGGCCGACUGGAACUGGUCACGGAAUAAAGCAGAGCUCUGUCUAGCGCCUUUAGCACUGAGUGAUGACAAAACACCACAAAAGGGAAUGGGAAGGAUGCUGGGGGACCCCAAAUGGCCCCUGGGAUUCGCCAUGCUGCUGGGUUGCCCUAUAGUGAGGAGGAUAAUUUCAGGGGCUUUUAUGACAAGCUGUUCCUGCUUGUCUAAGCCCCAUCUCCCAUAGCAACGUCUCUCUGCGGGCAUGAAGAUGCCAGCAUCUCAGGGUCCAUGUUCUCUGAUGUCUAGGUCCACUCCGCAGAUAGUAAAUCCAAAUGGGAAUGAAUCCCUCAGAAGGGAGGAGAUGAACCGAGGCUGGCGAGGGGGCAUCACACAGUAACACUGUCCACUGGCUGGGGGUGCACUGGUAGUUUAGGAUCUGCUCAUGACUGUCUGAUACGGCUCCUAAGAGAACCCAGGGGCUUCUAGUGUUUGUUCCUUCCUGCUGGCCCUACACAGAUCAUCUACUUGCCACAGUUUGCAAGGGGAGAGUGUGACGUUCUGUACCUCAUGGGAACACCUUACACUGUCAUGUUCAUCCUUAUAAUAUGAUUGUGUGGUAUCUAAUGCAAAGUUUGUCAUGUCAGGUGUCUUUGGAAGGCUCAUGAUGUACUGAGCAUUGUUAUUAUAGUAAUCAUUGUUAUGGUAAUGUUAUAGUAAUGUGAUAGGUUGUAAUUUCAUGUAUAUAGUUAUGAGGCUGUAAAUGUGUCCUCAUGGCUUAAAGCAAGCCCAGGCAAAAACUCUCCAAGAGCAGAGGGGCAGUUCACACUUUAUCAGGGCAUGUAUGGGACAAAUCCAGCCCAGCCUCACAGGAACAAAGGACAUUGGCCUAGGCAACAACAAAGGAUCUGUUGGACUCUUGAGUAAGUCACCCCCUUUCCUUUGGUCAGUUUGGGAUUGCAAUGAGGUAAUGCUCACCUGACUCUGAAGGGUGGGGGGGAAUGAGGGGGGCAAAGCCAAGAGGGUAGAAAGAACAUGAUAAAAAGGAGAGACGUUUGCCAUGCUCUUCCUCUCUCUUUUCCACCUCCAACUACAGACAUGACCACCAAGCGACUGAAGCGCUGCUCAAAGGAGAAAGCCUGGCUGAAGGUCAACCAGCUAGCCUGUGGUGAGAAGCAUCUAAGUUUGUAAGGGCAUUGAAAGUGUUAAGAUCAGCUUAGAAUGCGUUUUGCUUUCAUUUCAUUUGACCAAAUCCGAUUUAUUGUGAUUUGACUUAUAAUCACUUAAAAUCUAUCCUUGUAGUUAAUAAAUCUGUUUGUUUAUUCU